AUGGAUCUCGACGACAGCCCGGAUGAAAGUGACGACCAAGGUCACGUCUCUCGGGACGAAGAUCAAUUGCAUGCGGAAGAUCGCUCACUAGACGGAAAUGAACGUGCCCGUGAACAUGAACAUGCACAUUCACAUGCGUUAGAGACCAGGCCCAAAGCAAGACCAGAUAUUUCUCGCUCAGUCUCCUUCCCCCAGCGAAAAUGGAAACGACUUCGCAAACAUUAUCACGACCACUAUCUCGACCUCUUCAAGAACACUUUCGAGGCAGGAGAGGACGAUUACUUCCAUGGCGAACUGCCCCCCACCCAGCUUGGUGCGACUUUGUGGCAACCGGGUGAGAAGGCAAAACUUUACCACGCGCUUUGUCGGAAAGGUCGACAUGACUUGCCAGCUCUUGCAGGCUUGGUGGGCUCCAAGUCGGUGGUCGAGAUCAAGGCUUAUCUAGACAAUCUACGCGAGCUAGAGGCUGAUCGACAACGCUUCGAAGCGCAGCCCAAGAAUGUCGCGCAUGCCGAAAUCCCGGCUGCCAUUGAAGUUGGCCCAGACUGCGAGGCUAUCCUGAAUCGGGCUGCGGAUGCACUAUUGGCAUUCCAAGAACAGUAUGAUGCUGUGGCAGCCAAAGAAGCUAAUGGGCCGUGGUUGAUCGACCAUGAAGUAGCUGUGGAACUCGACAAGCGAGCAGAUGAGACCGAGAUGCAACCCAACGGACAUGACCUGGUAUCCGAUGAUGACUUGUCAUCGCUCUCUCAGCAAGCUUGUUCAUUCUUCCAUCUGUCAGCAUUCCUGGAGCUCAGCGAGCGGUUGUUCAUGAACAGAGGCUCCGACAGCCCCAACUCGUGGCAGAAUAUAGCAGAAGAUGGCGAGCGUCCGAGCGUGACGCUUGAUUGCGUAACGCUCUUGUACGAUAUUAUUGUCAAUCUCCUGCGCCGGCUAGUACAGUCGUGCAUUUUUCUUGCGCAGUCACGACUCCGUGCCUCCACGACCACGGAGUAUCGACCCAGUGGGAGCGUCAAGUUGGAAGACGUCGCCGCUGCUCUGGACGUGCUUGGUGUUAAGAGAAACGCUCGCUCAUAUUGGGUCGGGCUGGGACGGAGCAAUGGCUUGAGGAUUGUGGACGAUGCGCAUAGGAGAGGUGUCGAUGGGAAGAAUGCAAUUCCCUAUAGCGAGGUAGAAGAAUCCUUGUCCCAGUCAGGCAGGAGCAGAUCCGUUUCGGCAGCACCAGGAGCGUUCAGCGGAGAGGAGGAAGCUACUUCUGAGUCAUCUCAGCCAAGGGAGAGUGAAGACAGUUCGAGUGACCACUCGAAUGGAGAAGAGAAAGAAGAUGAUAUGCAAGGGUCGGAGGACGAGACCACGCGUCAGCAGGAAGGCGAUGAAGACUUCACACAUGGUACACAGACGGGAGACGACGUUUCUGAAUCGGAAGGACGUUCCGAGGUCCCGACGCCACGGCUCAAGCGAUCAAGGCAUCUUGAUGAGCAGCAAGAUGAGUAUCUGGAGAGGAUGGACACAGCAGCACGGCGAAAAGAGGAGUCACGACUGUUGUUUUUGCUGGGUGCUGAAGUCCACGAGAAGGUCAAAGAAGAGGAUGUGAUUGAUUUGGGUGUCCGUCCUCCGCAGUUGCGCAAGUCGGUGGAGGACUGCAUGGGAUGGUCACACGUCAACUUUGAAGCCGAGUGGGAGUCUCUGGCGAAGAGGCCGAGACUGAAUUCACUGCUGGAAUAA